CUACUGUACUCACUCUUGCUGCACCGAGAAACGAAAAAGAUUGUGACUUGAUAUUCCAUACUCGCAACCAUAAUUCCCCAGUCACAUGCAAACGAAGAUGACAGAAGCGAGCGAAGCCCGAUCUUACGGCACCGUCUUAGUCGUUGGAGGCUGCGGCUUUCUUGGGUCUAGAGUGGUCGACCAGUUACUCAACUUCCCCUCAGAAGACCAUGUGCAGCAGAAGCAGCAGCAGCAACAGCAACAACAAAGCAACACAAAUUCUACAACGCGUGCGUUUCCAUUCCCCAGCCUACGAUCCCGAUAUCCUCGAACCUCGUGCUCUACCACGAAAGUCCACGCCCUCGAUCUCCGGUGCACCCAACACAUCUUCCCCGGCUGCACGUACCACGAGGGGGACAUAACUUCUGUCGAGGACCUGCUGCAGGUGUUUCGAAAGGUAAAACCGGACGUCGUGAUCAACACGGCCAGUCCGUCAUGGGAGGCACCGGCGGACAUCUUGCGCAAGGUGAACAUUGACGGCACGCGCACACUCCUCGAGGUCGCGGGGGGCAAGCACGGCGACUGGUCCGGCGGAAAAGGUGGGUGCAAGGUGUUUGUCCACACGUCCAGCGCGAGCGUCGUGCACGACGGCGAGUCCGACCUGAUCAACGCCGACGAACGCUACCCCCUCGUCUGUCCGAACCCGCGCGAGUACUACUCCGAGACAAAAGUCCACGCGGAGCGGCUCGCGCUCGCGGCCAACGACAAAGAAGAGUACAACCACAUGCUCACCUGCGCCGUCAGGCCGGCGGGGAUAGUGGGCGAGGGCGACCGGGGUGGGUUCAGCGGCGGCAUCUUAAACACGGCCAAAGGCGCACCGGGCUGGCAACUGCACAUCCAGCUGGGAGACGGGGGCAAUCUGUUCGACAACACCUACGUGCACAAUGUCGUCUACGGAUUGUUGUGCGCCGCCACGGCGCUGCUGCAGACGUAUCAGAGACGACAAAAGGGAGGCGCCGUGGCACUGGACUACGAGCGGGUCGAUGGCGAAGCCUUCAACGUCACCAACGACAGUCCGGCUUACUUCUGGGACGCGACGAGGUUCCUGUACACGGGUUACGGGAGGGACGUGAACAUGGAAAAGGUCUGGAGCAUCCCGACAGGGUUGGCGAGUUUCGUGGGCGGCGCCGCCGAGCUGUUCAACUUCCUCUCGGGUCGGAAGGGCAAGUUGAACAGGCAGACUGUCAAAUAUGCCGUGAUUCAUCGAUACUAUAGCUGCGAGAAAUUGAAGGAACGAACGGGAUACAUGCCCCUCGUGGAGAUCGAUGAAGGGUUGGCAAGAGCCGUUUGGGAAUUCAAGGAAGGGGAGCGAUUGGAGCAGGAGAAGAAGGGCCAGUGAGAGGCCCUUUCCGUCUCUGUUUUUGUCUCUGGCAUAGAUGUGAAUAUGGACUGUCCGAAAGUGCUGGCGGUGAUUAAAGGUUGCAACAUUGGUUUCGGGUCCUUGAUGGAUCUCUGAAGGAAUAACACAGCAUGGCGUUGCGGGAUCAGACAAAAACCAUGACCUACUGUGAGGGUACUCUGUACAAAGGUCCUAAGGUAGAGAGGGACGUCUCAGGAAGCAAACCCGUUCCUUCAAUACACCGCCUUCUCACCUACCUGGGUACGUGUAAUUCGUGGCAGGGGGCAUGUUUCGGACUUGCAUGUCUGGAGUGUGUGGCUUACAUCUAGACCUGUCGGCAGAAGGGGGCGGGUAUCAAAAAGUCUCGUAAUUUAAUGUACAAGCUAUACGAGUCCCAGCCCUGUUGUUUUCAAUCUUCAGUCCUC